UCAUUCUUAGGCCUUGUCAAUUUUUGUGCCAAUUUUUUGCCCCACUUAGCUACUACAGCCGAACCGCUGUGGCGGAAUUUGAAAUCUAACACAGCUUUCCUAUGGGAAGAAGAGCAAGUGACGGCCUUCCGGCGAGUGAAAGUAAUGAUAGCCGAGGCAGGGACAUUGGCACUUUUUGAUAAGGAUCUGGAGACCACGUAGCAGAUGCGAGCCCAAUUGGGUUAGGGGCGGUGCUGUUACAGGAGCACGAGGGAACGAUAUGGCCCAUUAGCUUUGCUAGCAGAAGCCUUUCUGCAGUUGAAUGAAGGUAUUCCCAGACAGAAAAAGAAGCCCUGGCGCUUGUUUGGGCAUGCGAGCAAUUUUCCCUGUAUUUGCUGGGUAAACGUUUUUGUCUGAUAACAGACCACAAACCGCUUAAAGUGAUUUACGGCAAACGCAGCAAACCAUCUGCACGGAUCGAACGAUGGGUUCUACGAUUACAAUCCUAUGAUUUUGAUAUCGUGUAUUAGCCAUGCAAGACCAACAUAGUGGAUCUCUUAUCGCGACUAACAAUGCAAAGUUCCAGCGGUGAGGCUGACGAAUAUGUCAAGUUUGUGGCAAUAGCGGCAACGCCGGGCUCACUUACAACCAGAGGAAUUGAAGAGGAAUCAAGUCGUUACGAGGAGCUCAGGAGAGUUUGGAAUGUCAUUCAUAGUGGCCAAUCUAGAGAUAUGCCAGAUGAGUACAGACACCUCUUUGGUGAACUUGCCACAAUAGGAUACAUCAGUCUGAGAGGAUAUCGCAUCGUGAUACUACGUUACUUGCGUCACAGAGUGCUCGCCCUUGCUCAUGAGGGACACCAAGGCAUUGCCAAGUGCAAGGCAUGCCUACCGUCCAAAGUGUGGUGGCCAGGAGUAGACUGCGAUAUUGAGAGAGCUUGUCACACAUGUAGAGGAUGUCAAAUCACACAACUGGCCAAUCAAGCACCACUCAUGACUAGAACUACCCUACCGAGUACAUCAUGGGUUAGUAUAGCUGCAGACCUGCUGGGUCCAUUGCCCACUGGAGAGCAUCUAUUAGUUGUGGUUGACUACUACUGCAGAUUCUCUGAAGUGGAAAUCAUGCGUAGCGCAAGAGCAUAAGAUGUUGUUUGAUGCUUGGAGAGAACAAUCACUAGGGAUGGCGCGUAAUAUCAUAUCUUAAUGGACAAUGGACCGCAAUUCACAGACAAAACCUUCAACGACUUUCUUAGUUCAUACGAUAUUGAACACAAGACGAGUCCGCCAUUGUGGCCUCGCCCCAAUGGCAAAGUGGAAAGACAAAACAGGUCCUUGCUAUGAGCCAUUUGUAUCGCACACUCUGAAGGGAGAGAUUGCAAAACAGAAAUAACCACAUUUCUGCAAGCAUACCGAAAAACUCCACAUUCCAUCACAGGAAUACCUCCAGUUGAAGCCUUCUUGCAAUGUAAAGUCAGGUGUAAACUCACUACUCACUUGCCUGAGCAACUGUUUGAUGAUGACAUGAGGGAUAGAGAUAGCCAGAAAAAGAAAAAGGGAAACAGCAAGGAAAUGCAAAAGCGUGCAAAGAUUACAUUAUGGUUGGAGAUAAAGUUCUGCUCCAGCAAUCGUGUACAAACAAACUCUCAACUACUUACUUCCCCAAACCAUUUGAGGUCAUCAGAAGACGAGGAUCAGAAGUAAUGCUCAAGCAAGGAAGCAAGAUUCUUCGUCGUCAUGUGGCACAUACGAAACGGUUGGAGGAGGCCAAACGAGAGGACGAGGUGAAGGGGGAUCCUGAAGGAUACAAAGGACAGGAGUCCAGUGCAAGAAGGAUGUUUAGGCUGGGCCAAGACUAAACCAAUGUACCUGAAGGACUACAAAGCAUAGACUAAACGUAGUAUCUUUGUCGUUUUAAUUGGGAAAGAAAGAGGAUGUAGUAUCUGGUAGUAUUAUAGACAGUAGUUGAUUAGACAGGGAGUACGAGAUAUUAGAGUAUACCCGGGGUUACAUGAGAGAUAGUACAACGUGUUGUGUACCGCUGUGAGGAAUUAGAAGGAAAGCAUAGUCUUGAUAGUAACCAUCUGCCCUAUUCAUAUCUGUUUUGCACCAGUUAAUUAAGUAAUCAAAGAGUGUAUUGAAAGUAGCCUGCAUUUAUCUGUCAAUUGUACAUGUGUAGUCACAGGUUAGAUGUAAUCACCCUGUAUUUGGUUUGUCAGAAAUAUUAAAUGUUGGAGAAUAACUGAAUUUGUAUUUUGUUGUAACUCUUAUUUAUCCAGCAGCUGAUGUUUAUUCAGUUUAAGUACAAAUGAUUGUAUGUUGACUUCUUUGUCACAGUCAAUCCAUUUUGUUAAGAAUAGUACCUAUGUCAUUUCAAUGAUGCAGAGCUCGUAUUUCUCUAAUUCUUAACAUGAUUACAGUGGAUUGGUAGAUGUGACUUGUAACAAUCUGAUUUCACCAAUGAGGGAAUUCUAUAUUUAGUGGUUGUUAAUCGAAGUGAUUCUAGGGGCAGUUUAUAAGAAACAAGGUGACUGAUGAGAUUUGUGCAAAGUACUUUAGCAGACUUAGUCAACUGUAUUGCUCUAAUUGAAAUCUCAAUAGUUGCUGACUCACAACAGCAUGAUUGCCAAUUUGGUACAGUGCAAGUAAACAAUGUGACUUCGUAGAAAUGGUAUUGUUACAUUGAAUGAGUUUAUAUUAUUUUUGGCUACUACAUAAAGAGAUUCGUGUGUGCAUUGCACAUAGGGAAGCAGCUAGAAUUCUUUAUAAGUGUGCACCAAUGAUGUGUCCUAGUUUUGUUUGUUAGUAGGGAGAUGAUCUCUAACGUGGGUUCUGAUACUGGCAGCAGUAGUUUUGUGUUUGAUUUUGUUGUGAAUUAAGCUAUAAUCUACUACAUUUAGCACAACAUGUUAUGCGUGUGUCUGUACACACACACACACACACACACACACACACACACACACACACACACACACACACACACGCGCGCGCGCGCGUGGUUGCACAUAUUGUAUUAUAUUAUUGCUGUGUGACCCACAGGAAUGCAUGUGUUUUGUCUUCAUACGAGAGUCAGUCUUUUCCUUGGUUCUGCAUGAUAAGUUAUUUUAUACAUUCUGUGAACUUCAUUUGGACUUCUG